AUGGGAAAUCUUGGUUUCCUUCUGUUGGCUCUACUGGAGCUGGAAGUGUGUCCUGGUACUGAUAACAAGCUCAGCACGCUGUCAGAUUUGGACCAGCAGUACAAAACUCUUCGCAAGUUCUAUGAGAACUGUGAGGUGGUCAUGGGUAAUCUGGAGAUCACCAGUAUUGAAAGAAACCGCAACCUGUCAUUCCUCAAGUCCAUCCGUGAGGUGACGGGUUACGUGUUGGUGGCUCUGAAUCAGUUUGACUAUCUUCCUCUGGAGAACCUGCGGAUCAUCCGUGGCACUAAACUGUACGAAGGACGCUACGCUCUGGCCAUCUUUCUCAACUACAGACGAGAUGGCUACUUUGGCCUUAGACAACUCGGCCUCAAGAACCUGACAGAAAUCCUGAAUGGAGGCGUGUAUGUGGAUCAGAACAAGUUCUUGUGCCAUGCUGACACCAUCCACUGGAAUGACAUAAUCAAGAACCCGCGGUCUGAACUUCUGGUGGUUCCUUCCAACAACAGUGGCAACUCAUGCAGACGGUGUCACAGAUCUUGUAAUGGACGUUGCUGGGGUCACCAGGAAGACCAGUGCCAAAGCUUGACAAAGACGGUGUGUGCAGAGCAGUGUGAUGGACGCUGUUUUGGUCCAUACGUCAGUAACUGCUGCCACCGUGAAUGUGCAGGAGGCUGUACCGGACCCAAAGACACGGACUGCUUCGCUUGUACCAACUUUAAUGACAGCGGGGCCUGUGUGACUCAAUGUCCUCAGCCAUUCGUCUACAAUCCAACAACCUUCCAGCUCGAACACAAUCCCAACGCCAAAUACACCUAUGGAGCUUUCUGUGUCAAGAAAUGCCCACAUAACUUUGUGGUGGAUCACAGCUCUUGUGUCAGAGCCUGUCCGAGCAACAAGAUGGAGGUGGAGGAAAGUAACAUCAAGAUGUGCAUCCCGUGCACUGACAUCUGCCCGAAAGUGUGUGAUGGUAUAGGCACCGGCAGUCUUCAAACGGCUCAAACUGUGGAUUCCAGCAACAUUGAUAAGUUUGUCAAUUGCACCAAGAUCAAUGGCAACCUCAUUUUCCUCAUCACAGGCAUCAAAGGGGACAUGUUUCAUGGUAUAAAAGCUCUGGACCCUGAUCGGUUAAAUGUAUUCCGCACAGUCAGAGAGAUCACAGGUUUCUUGAACAUCCAGUCUUGGCCAGAAAACAUGACAGAUCUUGUUGUUUUUUCAAACCUUGCCACCAUUGGAGGACGCUCUCUUUAUAGUGGUAUUUCUCUACUGAUCCUGAAGCAGCGCUGGAUCUCUUCGCUGAAGUUCCAGUCUUUGAGAGAGAUCAGCGCCGGUAACGUCUACAUGACCAACAACAGCCAGCUCUGCUUCUACAACACAGUGAACUGGACCAGUCUGUUCCGCACCAGCACCCAGAGAGCUCUGAUCAAGAACAACAGGGACCCCAGAGAGUGUACUAAUGAGCAGAUGGUUUGUGAUCCGUUGUGUUCGGAGGCAGGAUGCUGGGGUCCCGGUCCAGACCAAUGUCUCUCAUGCAAAUACUUUAGUCGAGGAAGGACAUGUGUCAAGUCCUGUAAAUUAUAUUAUGGGGAUGUUCGAGAGUACGCCAAUGGCUCGGUUUGUGUUGAGUGUGACAGCCAGUGUGAAAAAGCAGGAGAGAAAAGUUUGACCUGCCAUGGCCCGGGUCCAGAUCACUGCUUGAAGUGCUUGCAUCUCAAAGACGGACCCAACUGUGUAGAGAAAUGCCCUGAUGGUCUGCAGGGAGCAAACAGCUUCAUCUUCAAAUAUGCUGAGACCAACAACGAGUGCCAUCCCUGCCACCCCAACUGCACCCAGGGUUGUACUGGACCCCGGGUGCAGGAUUGUGUUGGCAUGUUGGACAGGACUCCUCUGAUUGCAGCUGGGCUAAUCGGGGGUCUCUUUGUGAUGGUCAUCAUAGCUCUAGGUGUGGCCAUUUACAUGCGCAGAAAGAGCAUUAAGAAAAAGAGAGCUUUACGUCGUUUCCUAGAGACUGAGUUGGUGGAGCCAUUGACGCCCAGUGGUACACCUCCAAACAAGGCUCAGCUGCGUAUAUUGAAGGAAACUGAACUUAAGAGAGUCAAGAUUUUGGGAACUGGAGCCUUUGGCAUGGUCUAUAAGGGAAUCUGGGUUCCAGAAGGUGAAACGGUGAAGAUUCCAGUGGCUAUAAAGAUACUCAAUGAAAGUACAGGACCUAAAGCCAAUGUGGAGUUUAUGGAUCUGGUAACUCAGCUCAUGCCCCACGGCUGCUUGCUGGACUACGUACAUGAACACCAGGAGAACAUCGGCUCCCAGCUGCUGCUCAACUGGUGUGUGCAGAUUGCAAAGGGUAUGAUGUACUUGGAGGAGAGGAGGCUGGUGCACAGGGACCUUGCGGCCCGUAACAUCCUGGUAAAAUCUCCAAACCACGUCAAGAUCACUGAUUUUGGACUUGCUCGACUGCUGGAUGUUGAUGAAAAGGAGUAUAAUUCAGAUGGAGGCAAGAUGCCCAUUAAGUGGAUGGCCCUGGAGUGCAUUCAUUACAAGAAGUUCACACAUCAGAGUGAUGUGUGGAGUUAUGGGGUGACUAUCUGGGAGCUAAUGACGUUUGGAGGAAAGCCCUAUGAUGGGAUUCCCACACGUGCGAUUCCAGACAUCUUGGAGAAGGGCGAACGUUUGCCCCAGCCGCCCAUCUGCACCAUAGACGUCUACAUGGUGAUGGUGAAAUGCUGGAUGAUUGAUGCUGAUAGUCGGCCUCGGUUUAAAGAACUCGCUGCAGAGUUCAGCCGCAUGGCACGAGACCCUCAGAGAUACCUCGUCAUACAGGGGGAUGACCGCAUGAAGCUGCCCAGCCCCAACCACAGUAAGUUCUUCCAGAGUCUACUGGACGAGGAGGAGCUGGAAGACCUGAUGGACGCUGAGGAGUACUUGGUUCCUCAGACCUUUAAUAUCGCUACCUCUUCUCACACAAGACCACCAAUUGAUACCAGUAAGACACAACUGAGGUGUCGUGAGAGAGUUUUUAGCCCAGAAGAUGGGAUGGGGGCUUGCUCCCAUGAAACUUCUGGAUCAGGGAGUGACGUCUUCAUCCCUGGAAGCACACAAGGUGCGGGUCUCGACGCCCUUGAGGAACAACAGUGUAAUGGGAGUUUGAAGAAACAGCACAUGUCCGGCUCAGGAGACGACUGCAUUAUACAACGCUAUAGCGCUGACCCAACUGUCUUUCUCGGAGUAAAGAAUCCAAAGACCACUGAUGGAGAUGGUUUCAUGAGCCCUAUGAACAAGUCAUCCUCAGACCAUCUUAGUCCUGUUGAGGAGAAUCCUUUUGUAAACCAACGGAAAAAUGGAAAUAUUAAUGCACUGGAAAACCCGGGUUACCACAGCACCCCUGAUAGGAAACCCAAGGGAGAGGAUGAGUAUAUCAACGCACCCCUUUACCUAAACACAUACAAUAACAGUAGUGGUACAAACCAGGAGAUUAUGAGGAAAAAUGGAACUUCCAUCCCGCUACAGAUGACAAUGGCAGCCAACACCGCAAGUAGCCACGUUAUCCUCUCAACACAAACUGGGAAAGCCCACCACCAUGGCCAGGGAACACAUGUUCAUUUUGCCGUUCCACCUGUUCAGCCCCCCCAAACCAGAUCGAUGAGCCAAAAUAGCCAGCAUUCCCAGUCGCCACAUGGUGCCGAAUCCAAUUCCUCUAGCAUGUCUGGCAAUCCCUCCUUGUUAACCCAAAUCUCCCUUGUCAGCCAACAGAUCCAACCUUGUCCUGCGAGUCAGUCCGGCUCUUCAACCCAUCUGGCUCAAGUGGUAAAAUCGGCAGUCACUAGUAAAAGUAUAUUCGGCCUUCCCGGCCACCUUGUCUAUCCAGGUAACAUGCUUCAAGCGGGUCAUACUGGGACUGUAAUGGCCGACAGUAAGUCGAAGAAGAACUUUGAUUAUCCUGACUACUGGCAGCAUAGUCUACCACCCAAUGUGACUCAGCCAAACCCUCAAGAUCCAACGCAAGUGUGCAAAAGCAAACAUCUCUACAGGCACAGCAUCCGAAGUCGCAUCGCCGUGGCUGACAACCCUGAGUAUCUUUCUGAGUUUAACAAGAGACCAGGAACAGUUCUGCCACCUCCACCAUACCGGCACAGGAAUACGGUAGUGUAACGACGCAGUUCUAGAGAGCCAGAUUCUCCUACCAGCACCGUACGAUUAAAUGGAAUUACUGAAUUAAUGGAAAACUCCCAACUUCAGGAAUUAAGGAUGGAGACUUAUCGGAUGUUAAAGGGAACACUGAUCAACCAAAGUGCCUCUAAACUAUUCCAAAAGCUAUUCCAUCUUUUCUAUUCCAAUAAAUCAGAAUGUAACCAGAUGUGCAUCCUUUAAAGGGAUAAUUUAACCAAAAAUGAACAUGCUGUCAUAAUUUAUUCUCUGUCAUGUCGCUCCAAACAUACUUAUGUUGAAACACAAAUGAAGAUAUUUUUUAUGAACCCUGAGAGAUUUUUGUCCUUCCACUGAAAGUCCAUUACACAGAGGAAAAAAAAACU